AUGGCAGCCGAAGCUGAAAACGUUCCGAUCCCCUCAAGCUGUCACUGCGGCGCCAUCAAAGUCACAGUUCCACGGCUGCCUCAAUAUACCAAUUACUGUCAAUGCACCAUCUGCAGGCGCUACGGCGUGGCAUGGGCCUAUUACCACCCGGACGAGGUCAAGAUUGAGACCAAGCCCGACGCGAUAACCAGACAAUACAUUUGGGGAGACCGAACUGCUUCUUUCAAUUUUUGUGACAACUGUGGCUGCAUGUGCUACUGGUGGCCGCUCGGGCCUCGUCCGACUGACGGAGAAGAGUAUAUGAUGGGGGUCAACACCAACAACAUGGAUCCGGAGGUGUUGAAGUACGUCGAUCGGAAGUUUAGCUAUUCGUACGUGAAAGUUCCUAUGAAGGCGAAAGACGCGACUCAUCCUGAGGAUCUGGCGACGUAUUAACACUAGUUCUGGAAGGUCUUAUGAUGAGAUGCACUGUUUACGAGGUACAGUUUUAUCUUAU